AUGGUGCAAGGUUCCAGACAAUGGCAUGAAAAGUUGCCUUUUGCUUUAUUGGGUUAUCGCACAACUGUUCGCACUUCAGUAGGUGCAACUCCUUAUUUGUUGGUAUACGGGACCGAAGUGGUUAUACAUGUAGAAGUUGAAAUCCUAUCCCUUCGAAACAUUAAGGAAGCUGAAAUUGAUGAUGAUGAGUGGGUCAAAAACCGUUUGGAGCAAUUGAGUUUGAUUGACGAAAAGAGAUUGACAUCGGCCGAGGCCAAAGGCAAGUUUGCCCCAAAUUGGCAGGGGCCAUUCGUAGUGAAGAAGGUUUUGCCAAAUGGUUCUUUGUAUCUGACAGACAUAGAAGGCAAAAUGUCUGAAAUGGCCAUCAACGCAGAUGGGGUGAAAAGAUAUUAUGCAUGA